AUGGCUAAGCCAAACGAUACCGAGCGGCAACCACUGUUGUCUCCUAAUACUAGCUUAGGUUCGUACGAUGGAUCUCCGAAAUCCAAGUUUCGGAGUGAAGCUACCCGUACAGGCUCACCAGACAGUACAAAACAUCACAGUUCAAUAACCGACUUUGAUCAGGCGGACUCGUGGGGAAUUUUACACGAAACGGAGGGAAAUGGCGGUUCGAAAGACGACCGCGACACCUUCAUCGAUCAUAGGCCUACCAUGUCACGCCUAGCAAGUAGAUCCAAGAGUGCGUCUCACAACAAUGCUCAUCGUGCGUCACUGCCCGCCAUUUUAACAAAAUCGCAUUCAAGCAGGAAAGCGAAGGGACCCGAAGCCCCCCAAAAGUCUAGUCUGGCAAGACUAUCGCGAUCUGAACUGAAAGAAUGGGCAGACAAUGGCCAGUACGGUGGUAAUCCUUAUGAUAGUGGGCUGGAUCAGCCGAAAAGAAGGAAUACAUUGGCAGGUGACGAUGUCGUAAUUGAUGUCGACGAGCUGAUGCAGCACGUCCAUAACAAGAAUGCUAAUAAUAGCUCGAAAAGCUCCAGAUCGUUAGGCAGUUCCAAUGAAGAAGGCUAUAAUUCUAGGCCGUCUUCGAGGGGCUCUUCUACAAAUUCGUCGCUGGACGAUGUUUGCUUGUAUCUAGAAGAUGAGGGCGCUACUGAGGGUAGAAAAUGGCCAGACGUCAGCGUGUUGGAAGAGUUCUCGAAGGAAGAGACAGAGAAGCUGAGAAGACAGGCAUUAAAGGAUGCUGAGGAGUUCCAUUUUCAAUACGACGAAGAAGAUGAACUCGAUGAGGAGACAGGGACCAGUGACGGAAUUUUCUUCUCCAAGCCGAUCGUCACUAGUAUUGAUGUUCCAGAAUUGGGCAAUAAGAGAGUCAACGAAGCUGAGCAACUGAGAUCGGGAAGACUGAGGCCUAAGAAAAUAGCACCAUGGCAUUUGAAGCGAGCAUUGAUACCAUCCUCAUACAAGACGUUAAAAGAUCACACAAAGAUCAAUAAUGACAAUCAAAUGCGCGACAACUUUCUUGUGGGACGCAACAUCCAAUAUCCACCACAUAUCGUUUCCAACAAUCCGGAGCACUUCAGAUUCACCUAUUUCCGUGUGGACUUGGACGCGACGGUGCAUUCUCCAACUGUUUCUGGUUUAUUGCAACCAGGCCAGAAGUUCGAAGAAUUGUUUGUUCACUCUGUGUAUUCUGGAAAUUUUGCAAGAAGGAAGUCCGAAACUCCUUCUCUUACCAAGUCAUCUACGCCUUUUGCAGGCCAAGGUUCAGCGGUGAAUCCAUCGUCGGCCACGCUGAAUAACAAUCGCUCAUCGUAUAAUUUACCUCCAUCAUCUCCGGAUGACGAAGAUGAUAUAUCUCCCUUUUGGCUUGACGUUCUGAAUCCUACGGAAGAGGAAAUGAAGGUCCUGAGUAAGGCAUUUGGCAUACAUCCCCUAACCACAGAAGAUAUCUUCCUGGGUGAAGCUCGAGAAAAAGUCGAGUUAUUCAGGGAUUACUACCUGGUCUGCUUUAGGAGUUUUGACAUUGUUGCGGAGAGGCAUACCAGGAAGAAGAGAUUGAGGCAGGACGCAAGUAGCCCUACGGCAGACCGGGAAAGCUUACAGAAAUCCCAGCGUUCGAUAAAGCGGUCGUCACGAUGGUUUCCAACGUUCCGCCGUCGUCGUAGAUCGUCGACCAUAAGAACCACAACGGCCAGUACAUUCAGCAACAGACGCCGCAGGAAUGAGAAGGAAAGAGAGGAGAAGGAAAAAUACAAGAGAAAAUCUGGGGAUAGACAUAAACCGCGUCAAGGUGAAUUGGAACCACUGAAUGUGUACAUCAUAGUUUUCAGAACUGGUGUUUUAACGUUCCAUUUUGCACCGACGCCACAUCCAAUCAACGUGAGAAGAAGAGCUCGUCUAUUGAAGGAUUAUCUCAAUGUCACAUCAGAUUGGAUAGCGUAUGCAUUGAUUGACGACAUCACCGAUUCUUUUGCACCUAUGAUAGAGCUGAUCGAGGACGAGGUGUACGAUAUUGAAGACGCGAUUUUGAGAAUGCACCACAGUGACGAUUCCAGCGACGACCAGAGUGAUGACUCAGAAGGCAGCGAUUCUGACAAUGAGUUGUACCCGUUUGACAGAUCAUCUCACCGGAGUGCUUUCACGAAAGAAUCAAGGUCGACCAUGACGUCCAGCAGUAGGUCUCGCUCCACGGACGACUCUACUUUCAACGUGAACUUAAUCGGUUGGAAGAAAAAAGGUGAUAUGUUGAGACGCAUCGGCGAGUGCCGGAAGCGUGUUAUGAGUAUUUUAAGGCUUCUGGGCUCUAAGGCCGACGUCAUAAAAGGUUUUGCGAAGCGAUGCAACGAGCGCUGGGAAGUCGCGCCCCGUUCAGAGAUCGGAAUGUAUCUAGGCGACAUCCAGGACCACAUCAUCACCAUGGUAUCGUCUCUGAACCACUACGAGAAGCUGCUAAGCAGGUCGCACUCCAACUAUCUGGCUCAAAUCAACAUCGACAUGACCAAAGUGAACAACGACAUGAAUGACGUCCUGGGCAAGAUCACCAUCCUCGGUACUGUGGUGCUCCCCAUGAACGUGAUCACGGGUCUCUGGGGCAUGAACGUCAUCGUUCCGGGCCAGUAUAACGACUCGUUGACCUGGUUUGCCAGCAUCUGUGCUUUCAUGGUGCUGCUGGCAUACACCGCUUACGUUUAUACGAAAAGGAGGUUUGGGUUUUGA